GGCGCUCCGGGUAAAGACGAGAGCUGUGGCCGUGAGCCGUAUCCAGCAGAACGACGACCUGCUGGGUAAACAAGGCAGGAAUGGGAGCUUCGUCGAGGGCUAAUAGUGAGACUCUUCUCUCUUGUCAAAAACGUACAUGGUAGCGAUGCCGCAGCAGCUCUUACGGUGUGACAGAACAGCCGCGCGAGUCAAAAUGGCUGAGUAUAAUCGGGUACUUGCUGAGUGAAGUGGAGCUAGCCUCUGCGUUAGCUUAGCUCGUAGCUAGCAGGGCCCGCUGCUGCUGCCGUCGCCUCUCGGCUCAGCUCGGGACGCUGUUGUCAGUUUCACUCUCUCUGCCGCUGACUCCCCGGGACUCUUGCGGCUUCUGUACGGGCCCGUCUAGUUGCUGCGCGGCGUACCAUUGGGAUCACUGGCCCGGUUUCAACGUGUGUCAUUAUUAUCCCCCCUCCACAGGAUUUAACCUCCCAUGUUCGGAAAAGGACGGUGACAGAUUCUGAAAAAAGGACUCGGAGCCAGACCUGCCACCAUGAAGAGUGAGGUGCCAUCUGAGGCCCCGAGCAGACAGGAGCAUCUGAAGGAGCCACUGGUUAACCCAGAGCCAAUGGAGGCAGCCAAAAGCUUCCCCAACAACAUGGAGGUGAUUGGGAAGGCAGGCAGUGAAUUUGAAACCUUGUGUGAGUCCAGGCAUCGGCCUCUGAGGGACACAACAACACACAAAGACUCAGAACGCAGCCUCCCUGGACGAAGAAAAAGAAAAGGACAACAGGCAGGGCCGUCAGACUGCUCACUGAAGGAGGGCCACAUCAGUGAGAGCUCGCUGACCCCUCAGCGUCCGAGGGUAGAACUUUUACAGCACCCCAGCGAGGAUGAACAUAAUCACGAUUCCUCUUUUAGUGACUGUGCUUCCUCCCCUUCCUCGAGCUUACGAUUUGGGGACUCGGACACUCUAAGUUCAGAGGAGGAUGGGGAUACUGGAGCGACAGGGGGCCAAAACAAGGCUCCUGCCCUUACAACAGGAGGAGCCACUGGACACGGCUUGCGUCCUGUUCUGGGUCGAACUCGGGGGACUCGCUCUCAUAAGUGGGUGCGGUCUGAGGCUGAGCCAGUGCUGCUGAAGCGGCCGUGUAUGAACAGCCGACGGCCUCUGCAUAGGAAACGCUUUGUGAAAACAACUCCUGGAGGGGGUCAGCGGACUCAGAAGCAAAAGGAGCGACUAUUACUGCAGAGGAAGAAACGUGAAGUGAUUGCACGUAGGAAGUAUGCUCUUCUCCAUAGCACCAGUAGUUCCAGCGAGGAGCUAAGUAGUGAUUCUUCCACCCCCUCGUCUACCGAAGCCGAAGAUGAGCUGUAUGUAGAUGUCAGCAGCACCAGCAGCCAGGCUAACAGUGCUGCUGUAGCCACAGGUGCUUUAGAUGAGGAUGUAGUGGUGAUUGAGGCGACUCCAGCUCCAGCCCCCGCUGUCCCUGCAAAUGAGGAGAUCAACGUCACGUCAACAGACAGCGAGGUGGAGAUAGUCACUGUCGGGGAUGGUUUCAGGUCACGCUCAGUGGGAGGUCUUGGCAGGAUUUGGGCAAAUAGUUGCUCUCAGAAUCGCCUCCAGGAGCCACGAGGACGUCACAGACUCUCCACUGUUAUCCAACCACUGCGUCAGAAUGCUGGGGAGGUGGUGGAUCUCACUGUUGAUGAAGAUGAUCUGUCAGUUGUGCCAACAACCUCCGGCGGCAUUCACCCUCAAACAGUCAGGUCGUCGUCAUCAUCAUCUUCCCAUCAUGCCUCUACCUCAGAGCUCAAUGAUGCCCCAGGCCCUUCUACUAGCUGCCCAGGGUCAAUACCUGAAAGUAUGCACACCCAGAGGCCCAGUGGCUCUUCUCGUACAGCCACAGAGGAUGACGGCAGAGCAGGUUUGUCAGCCACAGGAGGAGAGAACACAGGCACGGCCAUGCCCAGACUCCCAUCAUGCUGUCAGCAGCACUCCCCGUGUGGAGGCCCCUCUCCCGGUCACCUGUCCCUGAGCCACUCCCAUUCAAGCUGCUUGCAGGUGUCGUCAUCUCAGCAGACCAGCGGCUCGCAGCACAGCCACAGCCACAGCCACAGUCACAGCAAUGCUCACCACUUCCUCCACCAUGUCCAUCACCCAGCACCCCAGCCCCCAGGGACCCUGCCCUUUCAAGACGCCAGCUGCCCUGUGGAGAGGCCCACUGCUCUUCCUGCUCCCUGCGCUGGAGUCAGCAGUGGUAACAGUGGUAGUAGCAGCAGCAACACUGGCCACUUCCACGACCAGCAAACUCUGCCAGUGGAUCUGAGCAACAGCAGUGUUCGUGGUGGUGCAAAUAGCGGGGCAAGUUUCCAUGGCAGCAACUCGGCCUUUGACCCGUGCUGCCCAGGCUCCACCUCGCGGCCUCCCACUUACGUUUCUCAGGCCACCCCUGGGCCCAGCCAGCCAGCCGUGGUGGACUCGUUCAGCUCCCCCAUGGUGGCUCAGCCCCAGCCACAAGCACAGCCCCAGCCCUGCAGACAUUACAUCCAUCCCUCAUAUGGUUCUCUAGCACGCUCACUGCAUCAUCAGCCCUCCUCCGCCUGCCCUCACUCCCAUGGGAACCCCCAGCUUGCACCUCAGCCGGCUCCACAAGGCGAUUAUGUCAUCCCCCACACGGUCACCUUUCAUCCGCCACUGCCAACCCACCCUCCAGGCCACGCUGUGCCCCCUGCCCCUCCCCCAGCUCUGUCUGGCCACCACCUCUCUAGUUCAAGUGCCCCACUGGCCCAGCACCUGCCUACAGACCACCAGACCCUGCCGCACCAUAUGCCGGCGCUGGGGACAUCUGUGCAGAGGCUCCAUCAGCACGAGAUGCUGCAGAGGAUGGAGGUCCAGAGGCGCAGGAUGAUGCAGCACCCCACUCGAGCACAUGAACGGCCGCCUCCACACCCCCACAGAAUGCACCCCAACUACGGCCACGGACACCACAUCCAUGUGCCACAAACUAUGUCUUCCCAUCCUCGCCAGCCCGAGCAGAGAACAGCAUGGGAGCUUGGCAUUGAAGCUGGAGUUACUAUGGCACCAUACCCUUCAGGGCACCUGCACUCCCACUUGCCCCACUACCACCCUCCCCCCAGACUGCACCACUUCCCCAUUCCCUUCAUGCACACUGGCAUAUCUGAUGUGACUUAUCCGCACAUUCGGUACAUCUCAUCUGGCUUCGGAAGAACUUAUGAGGACCUGCUGCAUUUAGAGGAGCGACUGGGGACAGUGAACCGAGGAGCCUCUCAGGGAACCAUAGAGAGGUGCACUUACCCACACAAGUACAAAAAGAGGAAGCUGCUUGGCAAGCAAGAGGAAGACGAGGGGGCAGAUGAAGACACGGAAGAAAAGUGCACCAUCUGUCUUUCAAUAUUAGAGGAGGGGGAGGACGUCAGACGUCUACCAUGUAUGCACCUCUUCCAUCAGCUGUGUGUGGACCAGUGGCUCCUCACCAAUAAGAAGUGCCCCAUCUGCAGAGUGGACAUCGAGGCGCAGCUGUCUGCCGAGAGUUGAUGCUGUUUUUCUAACAACCCCCUUUUGUUCAAAGUUUAUUUUGAGAUCAUAUGAAUUCUCUCUUCAGUACUGCAGUCAACCAAAGAUGGCAUGAAUUACCUGUGCAGCUCCACUUUGAGAAAAUAAAAAAAGAAACAUCUGACAUAAACGCAUUGAGCCUAGAGUGCCAGCUAUCACAUAUUACUACAACAGCUAGAAUUCUCCAUUAAGGGUUUAAGAUUUUAUUGUAUUUAUAAAGCUUUUAUGUAGCUUUUGAUUGUUUCCUCAAGUGUCAUUUUUUGUUUUUGUUUCUCUGCAUGUUUCCUUGCAAUGCAUUUCUUUGCACAUAUAAUGUGGGCUUAACACGGCCUAACAAUUUGCAGGUGCGGAUAGCUGCUCUAGUAAAGAUGCAUUUCUGUAAACCUAAUGCCGAGCUUUACUAGAAUAGAAUGUCAGCCUCCAGUUUGAAAAAAAAAAACAAAAAAAACAAACAUUGCAGGAUUCAUUUUACCGAUCAUUGUAUUGAUUAGUUUAUGUUUAGAAGAUGUGGAUUGUUAGUGACAGAUGUUUUUUAAGUAAAUCAAGACAUUCCUAACUAGGGAAAUAUGUUAACAGAUCAGCUGCUGUAUUAGUGCACACCCAGUAUUUCUAGAGUGGAAAUAAACUCCGAUGUUCACCUCACUCCCAGAAUAUGCACAUGCUUUGCUACGAUGACACCCCCCCCCCCCCUCCCCUCCUCCCUCCUCCAGCACCUUCAUUUGACGAGAACACCGUUAGCACCACCAUCUCAUGUAUUUUAGAGAUCCAGAAAAAGAAUGUCACAUCCCUCUCUUGACUGUUCUUUCUAAAGCGAGCGUUUUUUUGGGGGGGGGGAUCUGCUGUGAAUCUUUCUCUUGAUUUAGUCGGGGGGGAGGGGGGUUCUCUCCCCCACCCCCCACCCCCCCCCCCGCCGACAGGCCUGUUACAGUUUACUCGACCUCGGGAAGAUGAUCUCAGGGCUGUGUGUGUGAGUGUUAAGACAUUUCGCAUGAGCCUGCAACCUGGGGUCAUUUUUGUCGACUUGAUGCUGGCAGUGGUGUGGACUUUGGUUUCCAGUGUGUGUGUUCAGAGGGAAAUACACAGCUCAAUGUGGGAUUACUAUUUACUGUUUGUUCUCCGCACUUCAAAAACCAUUUUUAUCCACCUGCCCUUUUGUCUCUCUGUGGUCGAGCAGCAGCGUCCGCUCCGGCCGCUGAGCAAAGAAAAACACUAAUACUGUUGACUAACUCACUCGCAUAGACUUGCACAAGAGAGAAAAAGGUAGGAGAAUAGUAGUGAAUACGACAGUGCGCUGAGGCCAUGUAUUUCCACUCUGAUGCAUAUGAAAAAAGAAGAAGAUAAAAAACAAUAUUUUGAAUGGAGUGUUGAAAUGCAGUACUUAAAGCAGGUAUCCAUGCAUUCAUUGACUUAAAGGCACCAGGAUCAUAUUCUGUGGGAUUUAUAUUAGUUUUAAAAAAUAAUAAACUUGGAUAACUCUUGA